CAGGAACUCUGUCGCUGGGAGGGUGACGUGGAGCACGGCGGGAUAAACCCACAGCUGCGUGAGAUUUCACUGAAUUAACUGAGUUGUUUUGUACCCGACUUUAACCCGGUCGUGGCGGUUCAGAGGCGGCGGCUGUAGCGCUGUCUGAGUCCCGGCAGCAGCGCUGUCACUGCUGAGGAGCCUGGUGACCGUUAGUGAAGAGCAGAGGCAGCGUUAAUGGUGGGAGAGCUGAUGCAGCACUGACUGACCGCUGUCAUUUCUGUGAUCUACCAUGGCGAGUCCUGACGAUUUGAGAUUUCAAGAAUUCGAGGAGGCCACAGAUUUACUGGCCGCUGACCCCGGUGCCUCCACGCUCAGUAUCACCAACUCCAGCACUACUGCACCUGCAGGGGAUGUUAAGCUGGACCUGUCAGAUGAUGAGGAGAAUCAGCAGGAGAGCUCAGAGUUGCUUGGAGGUGAAAAACAAAGUGGGGGCUUCUGGACGUUUGAAUACUAUCAGUCUUUCUUCAAUGUUGACACAAUGCAGGUGUUGGAUAGAAUUAAAGCCUCAGUUAUGCCUUUGCCAGGCCGGAAUUUCGUCAAACAUCACAUUAGAAACAACCCAGAUUUAUAUGGGCCUUUUUGGAUAUGCGCAACACUAGUGUUUUCCGUGGCCAUCAGUGGAAACCUCUCUACAUUUCUGAGUGAAAUGGGUAACCCUCGUUACCACUACAGGCCCCACUUCCACAGAGUGACUGUUGCGGCUGUGGCUGUGUUCCUCUAUGCAUGGCUGGUACCACUGGGCGUGUGGGGCUUCAUGACCUGGCGACAGAACGCUGAGAGACAGACCAGUGCCUAUUCAUUUCUGGAGACAGUGUGUGUCUACGGAUACUCUCUGUUCAUUUAUAUUCCUACCUCAAUAUUAUGGAUCAUUCCUUUUGGAUGGCUUCAGUGGCUCUUGAUCCUGGUUGCCAUGGUGAUCUCGGGAUCAGUGUUGGUCAUCACCUUCUGGCCGGUUGUGCGGGAUGACACCAAGACGACAGCUUUUGUCUCCAUGGCAGCCAUAGUGUUGCUCCAUGCACUGCUGGCCAUCGGUUGCAAGAUGUAUUUCUUCCAAACAGCAGAACCGAUAGCAGUACUGCCCGACUCCACAGUGACUCCUGCUCCACUAAAUCACACAGCAUUAACGAGUAAAGCUCACUGACCUGCAGCAUAUGGGCAUGUGGAGUGAAUGAUUAGAAGAACAAUGUACAGAAAUCAUAAUGACCGAAUUGUCAGAUUAGCACCUUUUUUUGAUUAGUGCUUGGGUGUUACUCAUCUAUUAUAAAAACUUGAGUUUCCCGUCUUUGGGUGAAUAUGCAGAUGAAACAAUACAGCUUGGGGCAGGUUGUAGACCAGGGUGUUUCAUCAGUGUUUGAAACAAAACGGUUCUGUGAUGUUCUUAAUUGGUAAAAGUAUCUUUACAGACCUUCUACAUUUGACCCUUCAUUUACAUUUAGUCAACAGACUAAAACAGUGAUACUGCGUGGGCCGAGGAUUGCGAGUCUGAAUCCCGGGUGAUGCCACCUUAACAUCAGCAGCCAGAGCCAGAGAGAGCAUUAUUGCGCUCUUUUCUGUCAUUACCCCAGUUGUGUUGUUGGCUAGCACAGCAAAUGUUGAAUGCAUCAGUGGUGGAAAUGCAACUUAAAUUGUCUUUAAUUUAAUAAAAAAUAGGGGUAAAAAUAAUAAGAACUGUUUAGGAUAUUGGACUGUGGUGGUCUUCAGAAGAAUUCUCCCUGCUGCUCUUGAGCUUCUUUUAUAUUCUGCACUUUUUUCAGCUACACUGAAGUUGUGGGUUGCUUCUUGACAAUAUAUUUUUUGAUAAUUCUGCACAGGAUUGCUGCAGAACGUCAACAUUUUACGUUAAACGUAAUCUGAUGAGUGAUGAAGUGUGAAAUGCUGUGAUAUUACCAUCUGCUCGACCACUCCUUCAGCCUGACUUGUGAAGAUCAUGUUAAAUUUCUGUAUUAUUUAUUUGUAUUUUUCUGUUUGUGAUCAUUCUUCUGUUUAGUUAUUCCAUAAUGAACAUACAUAGUCAUUCCUCUCUGCAUUGUGAGUGUGUGUGUGUGUGGUGUGUGUAAUUGUAAUUGUAUUACAACUGGAAUUCCAAUUAAAGGGCUUGCAGGGGAUACGCAAAAGUGAGAAUACCAGCUGUAUUGAGUGAAGUCAGAUUUGCUACUGUAUCAUCUGAUGUAACCCCACCCUCCAUGAGGGGGGAGGAGAAAAAUUAAUAAAUAAAUAAUACAUUUC